AUGGAAUGGGAUGGUAUCGAUCCAAGGGGACGCGAAAACGGGAUAAGGAAAAGCGCGGCUGAUGUUGUUUUCUGUGGCGGCCGGAAGCGGCGCCAUCGCCCUCUGCAGGUUGGUCUUGUGGGGAUCGCCACUAAGAUCGUGGCCAAACUGUGCCGCGCAUCGCUCUCGCUCUCGCUUGUCGUCGUCAACCGUCCAUCGCUGCUCGGCGGCCCUCCAACCCCCAGAUGUGCCUCGCCUUGCCGAUACCGCCCGCAUCUCCCUCUCCUCGCAAGAGGUAAAAGAGUUUGAGCCCAAGAUUAGCCAAGUAAUAGACUGGUUUGGACAACUUCAGGCUGUCAAUCUUGAAAGCAUUGAACCUUCACUUCGAGCUGAUACUGAAGUCAGUGCCAGUCCAAGAGAAGAUUUUCCAGAAACAUUUGAGAACAGGGAAGCAAUAAUAUCUGCUGUUCCAAGCUACAGCGAUCCAUAUAUUAAAGUUCCGAAAGUCUUAAACAAGGAAUGAAAUUUAAAGCUUCAAUUCUUUAUAACAUAUAUUUGUAAGCUGACCAGAAAUUCAUGAUUAUUUUUAUCUGCUUAUCUGACUUUUUCUAUGCAAGCGUUGGUUGCAACUACAGCAAAAUUAUGUGCAUUGGUGUUCCAUGUCAAUUUGCCCCACUUGGGUGGCAUUAUUGAAUUUUUCUGUUUGAUGUGAAUAUUGUAAUUACCUAGUUGCAUCUAAUGGUUAAGACAUCGACAUAAGCAGUUUAUUUGU